UUUUUUUGUACGACUAAAACUAAUUGAUAAUCAUAUGGUUAUAAAAAUAUAAGCUAAAUUUAAUUCAAUAUUAGCAUUUAUUCUUUCUUUCUUUCUUUAUUCUAAAACUUUGAAAAAAAAUGGAUGAUAUUCGUAAAGUUAUCAAGACAACUUCACCACCUAGUGUGGUUAUUCAAACAUUAAGAACUGCUCUUCAAAUGCCUCCAACAGCUGCCCGUAACAUUGUCAAAGACUUGACUCGGCCUUUAAAUGGUCAAAAGAGAUUUAUUCGCAAGUUUGAUAAUGAACAUUGGAAAGGCACGCUAAUCAUGUCAGAAAUGGUUCGUUGUGACGAUGCUAUUGCUCUUCAAAGAUUGAAAAAAGCUGAUAUUGUUAUUUUUGAAAUUCACGGUGGUGGGUUCAGAGUUGGUCACAGUACCAUGUACAUGGACGCAUUUAUUAAUUGGCUUAGAUUAAUGAAGAGUAAACACAAUCUUUAUGCGUGUAUCAUGUCCGUUGAAUAUGGUCUUGCACCCAAACACAAAUAUCCAGGCCCUUUGAAUGAUUGCAUCCGAGCCUAUGAUUAUCUUACCAAAGAUCUUGCUGUUUGUCCAUCCAAAGUAGUCUUUUCAGGUGAUUCCGCUGGCGGCGCAUUUGCAUUGGAGACUUUGAUGAGAACUUACACACCCGAUAUUUUGGACGACCUCAACAGUCCCAGAGAAAAUUACAGCAUACCUAUUCCUGCUGCCGUCUUACUAUCCUCACCUUUGGUCUCUGCUGAGACGACUUCAGAAUCAUGGAAACUGUUUCAUAAAAAGGACAUGAUCACGCUCGGACUAGCCAAAUUAAUCUACAAGGAAUAUUUAGGUUUACCUCACGUCAAGGUGGAAGAUUUACCCGUCAUGAGAUUACAUCAUGUCCGAAAGGACUUUGAUCGUUUCUUGCCCAAGAAUGUCAUGGUCUUUGUGGGCGAUAAAGAAGUUUUACGCGAUGAUAUUUUGGAUUUUGCUAAAGCAGUAAAAGAUGAUGGAAAAACAAACAUUCAAUUGAUCAAGGAACACUAUGUUCAUGACUGGUUUAUGAUCCGUGAAAUUGUCAAGAAGAAGGACAAGAAGAAGCUUGCUAAUUAUGAUGAAUUGUUUGUCGAUUUUGCUGUUCGUGCUGUAAAGGAAGCGAAAGCAGCUUUAUUACUAUCUGUCCCACCCACCAAGGAAGAAUUCCCAUUAAGUGAAAUGCUGAUUUCGGAUAACACUUCCAUCAAUGGAGAUAUCCCGGUGCAAUUCUCAAGACCUUCUCAGUAUAAACCAAACACAAUCUUGUCUGAAUAUGCAAUUAUUACAGACCAUCCUAAAGGUGUUACAGCCUAAAUCAUCACUAUUCAAAAAAAUUAAACGUUUUUUUUUGUUCAAACUGUUUGUACUGAUAUUUAUUUUCAAAUGGCCCAAACUACCAUUUGUCUAUUAUAUUUACACGAUCUAUUCUUUUUUGUUAAACUUUCGAAAUAAAAUCUAACUUUCUAUCUUUU